AUGACGUGGAAGAAACUGGGCUCUGGCAACUUCUCCAACUGCCCCAAUGGCUCCCGCCAGUGGAUAUGGGAUGUGUUUGGUGAAUGUGCCAAGGACGGCUGGGAUGAGGCCAGCGUGGGCCUAGGUUUGAUCUCUAUUUUCUGCUUUGCUGGAUCUACCUUCCCGCAGUACAUCAAGGCCUGCAAAGCAGGUAACAUGGACCAGGCCCUGUCCCUGUGGUUCCUGCUGGGCUGGCUGGGUGGAGACUCCUGCAACCUCAUUGGCUCCUUCCUUGCUGACCAGCUGCCCUUGCAGACCUAUACAGCGGUGUAUUACGUCAUGGCAGACCUGCUGAUGCUGACGCUGUACUUUCAUUACAAGUACAAGAAGCGCACCUCCCUAUUGUCUACCACCAUCAAUGCUGCACUCUUGCUCAUCUUGGGGACAGUGUUUUCCACCCCUCUGCUGAGCAGGCUUGACCCUGUGACCACCCCGAGGGAGGUCUUCCGGGGGCGGACACUCCUAUCCUUGGAGUCAGGCAGUAAGCCUUUCACCCAGCAGGAAAUCAUUGGCUUUGUCAUCGGCUCUGUCUCCAGCGUCCUGUACCUGCUCUCCCGGCUGCCUCAGAUCCACACCAACUUCCUGCGGAAGUCGACCCAGGGGAUCUCUUACUCGCUGUUUGCACUGGUCAUGCUGGGGAACACGCUGUAUGGGCUGAGCGUGCUGCUCAAAAACCCUGAAGUGGGCCAGAGUGAGGGCAGCUACCUGCUGCACCACCUGCCCUGGCUCGUGGGCAGCCUGGGCGUGCUGCUGCUCGACAGUGUCAUCUCUGUUCAGUUCCUGGUCUAUAGGAAUGUUGCCACGGCCACCUCGGAGAGCGAGCCCCUCCUCCCCAGCUGA